ACCCACAGAUAAACCCAAGCAUGAGACAGCUGAUUCUCAUUUUGGGCUGACAAUCACCAUCUCCAUACAUUCUAAAUUUUCAACGGAAAGUGCGAUCUCAAUCGGUAGAAGAGGCGGUUUUUGAGAUGGCGCCGAGUGCGAUUGGCCUGCAGCUCACCGGCGCCGCCGAUUGCGCCGGGGAGGAGGAGAGGCUGCUGAGCGGAUUCGACGAGGAGAGCUCCGGGAAUCUGAGUAGAAUUCAAGUCAGCGUGACGGGGAUGACCUGUGCGGCGUGCUCGAAUUCCGUGGAAUCGGCUCUGAUGAGCUUAAACGGCGUCGUUAAGGCUUCUGUUGCCUUGCUUCAGAACAAGGCGGAUGUCACCUUUGAUCCUGCUCUAGUGAAGGAUGAAGACAUUAAAACUGCCAUUGAAGAUGCAGGUUUUGAAGCAGAAAUUAUACCUGAACCAAGUCAAUCUAAUUCUAAGACACAUGGAACCUUGAUAGGCCAGUUCACGAUAGGAGGAUUGACCUGUGCUGCUUGUGUCAAUUCUGUAGAAGGGAUUUUAAGGGAUAUACCUGGUGUCAGAAAAGCUGUAGUUGCCUUAGCUACAUCUUUGGGAGAGGUUGAAUAUGAUUCAACUGUUACCAGUAAGGAUGAUAUAGUCAAUGCAAUUGAAGAUGCCGGUUUUGAGGCUUCAUUCGUACAGAGUAAUGAGCAGGAUAAACUUGUUCUAGGGGUUAUUGGAAUUGCAAGUGAAACGGAUGUACAAAUGUUAGAAGUAACGCUUUGCACUUUGAGGGGCGUGAGGCAAUUUUUUUAUGACCGAACAUCUAAUGUCUUAGAAGUUCAUUUUGAUCCUGAGCUCCUCGGUUCUAGAACAUUAGUGGACGAGAUCGAAAGUAGCAGCUUCGGAAAACUAAAGCUUCUUGUGAAGAAUCCUUAUAGUAGAAUGGCUUCCAAGGAUCUACAGGAGUCUUCAAACAUGUUUCGUCUGUUCACAGCGAGCUUGUGUCUCAGUAUCCCAGUCUUAUUCAUGCAAGUCAUCUGUCCGCGAAUACCUCUGCUAUAUUCUUUACUACUUUGGCGUUGUGGUCCAUUCCAAAUGGGUGACUGGCUAAAUUGGGCUCUGGUCACUAUUAUUCAAUUUGUUAUUGGCAAGAAGUUCUAUGUCGCCGCUGGAAGAGCACUCAGAAAUUGUUCAACUAACAUGGAUGUACUGGUAGUACUGGGAACUUCAGCUUCAUAUUUCUAUUCCGUAGGUGCAUUACUAUAUGGUGCAAUGACUGGGUUUUGGUCUCCGACAUACUUUGAUGCUAGUGCUAUGUUAAUUACAUUUGUACUAUUGGGUAAGUACUUGGAAACUCUUGCGAAAGGAAAGACAUCAGAUGCUAUAAAAAAGCUCGUCGAGCUUGCUCCUGCUACAGCUAUCUUGCUUAUCAAAGAGAAAGGUGGAAAAGUUGUCAGAGAAAAGGAAAUUGAUGCUUUGCUGAUCCAGCCUGGUGACUUAUUAAAAGUACUACCAGGGGCAAAAAUUCCUACUGAUGGUUUGGUUGUUUGGGGUUCAAGUUAUGUUAAUGAGAGUAUGGUCACUGGCGAAUCAGCACCUGUUCUUAAAGAACUGAAUGCUUCAGUUAUUGGAGGUACAAUAAACCUGCAUGGUUCACUUCAUCUACAGGCCAAGAAAGUAGGCUCUGACACGGUGUUAAGCCAAAUUAUAUCUUUGGUUGAGACCGCACAGAUGUCUAAGGCGCCUAUUCAAAAGUUUGCUGAUUUUAUCGCAAGUAUAUUUGUCCCUACAGUGGUAACUUUGGGAUUCCUGACAUUGCUAGGAUGGUAUCUUGCUGGGGUUCUUGGGUUCUAUCCCGAUGAUUGGCUGCCGGAAAACAGCAAUUACUUCGUCUUUUCUCUAAUGUUUGCAAUAUCAGUUAUCGUGAUUGCAUGCCCAUGUGCUCUUGGAUUGGCUACCCCAACUGCUGUUAUGGUGGCAACAGGAGUUGGAGCUAACAACGGAGUCCUGAUAAAAGGAGGAGAUGCACUUGAGAAGGCACAUAAGAUCAAGCACGUCAUAUUUGAUAAAACUGGAACAUUGACCCAGGGGAAAGCCACAGUUACCUCUGCAAAAGUUUUUUCAGGCAUGGACCGUGGCGAAUUUCUUACAUUAGUAGCUUCUGCUGAGUCUAGUAGUGAACACCCGUUGGCCAAAGCAAUACUGGAAUACACCCGGCAUUUCCAUUUCUUCGAUGAACCUUCAGCUGCUGCGGAUGCUAAAAGCAAUGGGCUCGCAUCUAAGUCCUUCGAAUGGCUUCAUGAUGUAUCCGGUUUCUCUUCUUUGUCUGGACAAGGUGUGCAAUGCUUCAUAGGCGGGAAGAAGAUACUGGUUGGUAAUCGGAAGCUCAUGAUGGAAAAUUCAGUCGCCAUUGCAGAACACGUGGAAGGUUUUGUCGUACAGUUGGAAGAAAGCGCCAACACUGGAGUACUCGUUGCCUAUGAUAACGAGUUGAUUGGUGUUCUUGGGGUAGCCGAUCCACUAAAGAGAGAAGCCGCGGUGGUAGUAGAAGGCCUCAUGAAAAUGGGAGUCAAUCCUGUCAUGGUCACCGGUGACAACUGGAGAACAGCCAAGGCUGUCGCGAAGGAGGUUGGCAUUAUAGAUGUGAGGGCAGAAGUGAUGCCUUCGGGAAAAGCUGACGUCAUCCGCUCGUUCCAGGAAGGCGGGAAUGUAGUGGCGAUGGUGGGGGAUGGUAUUAACGACUCCCCUGCCCUGGCUGCUGCAGACGUCGGCAUGGCCAUUGGGGCCGGGACCGACAUUGCCAUAGAAGCUGCCGACUAUGUGCUGAUGAGAAGCAACCUAGAGGAUGUCAUCACAGCUAUCGAUCUCUCUAGAAAGACCAUAACCCGAAUCCGAUGGAACUACUUGUUCGCGAGUGCUUAUAACGUGGUAGCUAUACCGGUGGCCGCCGGAGUUCUGUAUCCUUGGCUGAGGGUACGGCUGCCGCCGUGGGUCGCCGGCGCAUGCAUGGCCAUGUCAUCAGUAACCGUUGUGUGCUCCUCUCUUCUUCUGAGAAGAUACAGAAAACCAAGACUUACAACUGUGCUUGAAAUAACUGUUGAGUAGGUAAUGAAGCUGAAUAAAUUUGAUAAAACAAAAAAAAGAAGGGUAAAAAAUGCAAAUUAAAAGGAGAGAAAAAAAUGUAUGGAAAAAGGUUAUGAGUUCUCUUCUCUCUAAUUUUUGGAAAGAUGCAUUAUAAUUUUUCUAUAAUUCUUACAUUUCACAAACUAGGUCAUCCUUCAAUUGUGAUUUUAUUUUGUGCUGAUCAUAAAUGUAUAUUGAUGUAUAGAUUCAUUUAUGAGAUUUUGUGUAACUAUUAUUGGAAUAUCUAAGUAGUGGAAUCUGUGAGUUACUCCUAUUUCUAUUUUUUGUAACGAUUGGUCCCCUACAAAAUUAUGGUACAAACUCACCAGAAUUUAUUAUCAUACCCAAACACUAAAAUUUAUAUUGGUUUAUCA